GCGCAGCGAGGGUACUGUAGUUGGGUGUGUGUGUGUGUCUGUUACUCUCAAUCUCACUUCUCGAAUGUCUGUUCGUCCCAGAAACGCUACCAUCUACCCAACGGGCGACGAAGAAACGAUACCCUCUACCCAACGGGCGACGAAGGUCAGAAAAUAAAGACGGUUUUCUCUGAAAAUGCUCCGUUGCAAAGCUAGAGCACGAAAAAGCCAAUAUGCA